ACGACGUCAUCGCCAGUUGUUGUUGCUGUUGUUGUUGUUGCUGCUGCUGUUGGUUCCUGUUUUCGCUUUUUACCGUUCAGUCAAUGACCACAUUGUGUACACAACUGCACUGUUAGUAUGCGUGUGUGUGUGAGCCAUUCCUGCCGGAAGUUGAAGCCGCCUGGUCAUUCUCGCUGCUUUGCUGCAAGCUCUCUCUCGUUCGUCCCUUUCCGCUCUCUCUGCGUUAUGCCUGAGUUGCUUUGGAGAAACAAGUUUUCAGGACAGGAUCCUUGGACACCCCGCCACUUUUUGUUUCUUUCGUUCAAAGUCCUGCCGUGCAGUGUGACCGUUCUGUUGUGCUCUGGUCACGCUUUGAUCCUGCCGUUGGCCGCUCCCCCAAGCUCCAUUUUUCCAUAGGCGUCGCCCGGCUAAUGACACGUUGUAAAUUAUACUACCACAAGGCAUUCCUUUCGCCGUUUCAAGCUGCUGUAAUUACUCAGCCCGGUUUCCUUUUUCCUUUUUAGUCCCUCUCCUUCGCUCCACGUCCUGUUUUAAUAUUUCGCGUCGGUUUUUGUAUGGGUUUUCUGCAUACAGGAUGCAAGAAACCUUGUUAUCGAAUCGCUAUCACGUAAUUGCUCGCUGCAGUUGCAGAUGUGCUAAUUUGUAUUCGCCAAGCGCAUAUGCCAUUAAAUUGUACAUUAUAAGGGAUUUAACAAAUUAUACUUCUGCGCUUUUGGGAAAUUAAUGUCCUUAACAGUUGCUACAAUAUAACAUUUUCUUAUUACCGAAAUGAUUGGGAAAUAUAAUUGGGGGCGGUAUAACUUAAGGCGCAUAAGGCGGUCGGCUUAAAGUGACGUCCUUAUUUAGCUGGUACAAAUAUCUGCAAACGAAAUAUGACCUCAUAAAAUGUAAGGCGAGCUCAAGCAAUAUAAUGAGUACGAAUUUUGAAAUCGAUCAAUAAAAUUGUUUACUCUGUAUAGCACGAAUUAAAUGGGAAUUUUGUAGCAUACAAGUAAACAAACAAACGAGCCUUGCUCUUAGCCCUAUUUGUUGGUUUUGCAAUAAUUAUAAAAAUAUGCAAUUAUUAAGUACGAGGCACACGAAGCCGUCUCAAGUGGAUCCUCAACCUCUAACCUCUGCCGCUGUCGUUUACCUACGAACGAUCGCUGGCGAUCCGGGAUCAGUAAGUCCUAGAUUAGAUCUUCGCCAAAAUCCGAAAUCCGUGCCAGGACAAUGCAUAAUGAGGAUUAAGUCCUUUGCGAUUUCUCUAACUGCUUACUGAGAUGCAGAGAACGAGAGAGAUGUCCUGACUGCAGAAGAGAGCGUUUCGCAUGGCGAAUGCAUUUUUCCUUUUGCCACAUUUGCUUUUCGCAAUAAAACUAAAGAGCAGAAAAAAAGGCAUUGUUCGAACCACGGAUGAAUAGAGGAAAAAGGAGGAGCGGUUAAAACUGCCAGUUUUCCACACGGCUUGCAUUUCCCUAUCCACAAUUAUCCUGUCAAACUUGUUUGCGCCGUCUCCCUCUUGCUCUACACCAAUUUUCCUUUCGCAUUAUGCUUUGACCAGAGCAUUCGCAUUAAAAGGACAACGCUCUUGUGCGACGUGACUGUGUGUGCGUGAGCGUGUCUGUGUGUGCGCGCUUUGGUGUGUGUGUGUGUGUGAGUGCGAGCGAAGAGCGAGUUCUUUCGACGCCUGCGUCGCCAUCGUCCUGGCAUCGAAUUGCCGUUCAGUCGACGCUUGCCACUCAGACCGCUCAGACAUGUCGCGCCCGUCGUGAGUGCCAGUUAGGAGUCCACAUACAUAUACAUAUAUAUAAAUAUACAUCCUCGAAUAGAGAGAGAGCAGCAGCCAUCAAGUCGAAGACUGUGUAAAACGCAAAACAACGACGCCAUCAGAUGUUGCAGGAUAACAUAAAUUAAUAUCAAUCACGCAGCAAAACCAAAGUAUUCUACCUAAAUCAUUCUACAAGAAUAGCAAAACCCAAAAAAAUAGUGCUCAAGUGUAUCGUAAAACAUCAAAUUGUGCAAAUUAGUUACAGUUAGUUAAAAAGCAGAAAAAGUUUCAUAUGCAAAUACACAAUAAAAUAAUGUGCAAUAAACUACCAAUCAAUUCAAACAAAAGCAAAGCAGCAGCAUCCGGAACAACAGUCACAUCCAGCAGGAGUUGCUCAUAUAGUUACAAAAGUACUUUUGACAUUUUGUUGGGAUUUACGCACGGCGAGCAUCGAAUAAACUAGAGAAGCAGAAACAAAAAAAACCCAUCAAAGCACAUCACAAUUCCAGAUCGAAGCGCCCGAGCUGUGAGAGAAAAGUGUCUCGGCUCAAAGAUUUAAAAGUCCGACAACAGGUCGGAAUUGAAAAAGGAAAGAGAAAAGCUGAGACGAAAAUGAAAAUGUCAGAGGUGCCACGCAUCAUGGUCUUUCGACCCACCUGGGAGGAGUUCAAGGACUUUCCCAAGUAUGUGGCCUACAUGGAGUCACAGGGCGCCCACAAGGCCGGUCUGGCCAAGGUGGUGCCACCGCCGGAAUGGGUGCCCCGUCGCAGUGGGUACGCCGAUCUCGAUGCCCUGAAUGUCACGAUUCCGGCGCCCAUAUGCCAGGUGGUGACCGGCAAGCAGGGCUACUAUCAGCAGAUCAACAUACAGAAAAAGCCACUCACAGUGAAGCAGUUUAGCGAGCUGGCCAGCACCGAGCGCUACGCCACACCCAAACACUUUGACUUUGAGGAUCUGGAGCGCAAGUACUGGAAGAACAUAACAUAUGUGGCGCCCAUUUAUGGGGCAGACGUUAGCGGAAGCAUCACAGACACCGACCAGGAUAGCUGGAACAUCAACCGGCUGGGCACUAUUCUUGACUAUGUCAACAAGGAUUAUAACAUCCAGAUAGACGGCGUGAACACAGCUUACUUGUACUUUGGCAUGUGGAAGACGACUUUCGCAUGGCACACGGAGGACAUGGACCUCUAUUCCAUCAAUUACUUGCACUUUGGGGCGCCAAAGACGUGGUAUGUGGUGCCGCCGGAGUGUGGUCGCAAACUGGAGAAGGUGGCCAACCAAUACUUUCCGGCCAGUUACAAGAACUGCAAUGCAUAUUUGCGCCACAAGAUGACGUUGAUUUCACCACAGAUUCUCAAGCAACACGACGUGCCCGUCAGUAAGAUCACGCAGGAGGCGGGCGAGAUCAUGAUCACGUUUCCGUUCGGCUACCAUGCCGGCUUCAAUCACGGCUUCAACUGUGCCGAGUCCACGAACUUUGCCAUGGAGCGCUGGAUCGAGUACGGCAAGCGGGCGGUGCAGUGCACCUGCAGCAACGACAUGGUCAAGAUCUCGAUGGACACAUUUGUCAAGCGCUUCCAAAGCGAUCGCUACGAUCUGUGGAUGGAGGGGCGUGACGUGGGGCGGCAUCCGGAGGAUCCGCCAAAUGGGGUGCCCAGUGCAGCUCCCCUGCCACCGCACCUCGAUGUCCUGCUGUGUGAUAAAAAAAUGAAAAAGCAAUGCAAUCCCACCAAAGCCAAGAGUUUCAAAGAGCGUAAUCCCGAUCUGGACCUGGAUGAAAUCCAGCAGAAUCCCAACGUGCCCGACGACGUCAAGGCCAUGCUAAAGGAGAGCGUUCUAACGCUGGACACGGGCGAUUUGGCCACGGAUGAGGCUGAUUUUCCCAACGAGGAUGCCAUGAGUCUACAGAGUCCGGCGGAUCUGAAGACCAAGCAGGAGCUGCUUGAGUACAUAGACGACGGCACAGAAGAUGAUGAUGAGGAGGAGGACUUCAAGCGGCGCAAGCAGAAGCGGCGCUACGAUGCCGACUACGACGACGAUUGGCUGGCGUCCAAGCGCAAGAGUAACUCGCGAAACAGUCGCGGUCGUAGUCCGCGCACCAAGGAUGACCGUUCCAUAUCGCCAGCCUCCUCCACUUCUUCGACGUCGCGGGGCGCAAGGCGUGGCAAGGCCAGCGGCACGCCCCGAAAGACUCCUGCACGGCGGAAAAAGGACGCUAGUGCCACAUCUCCGGCGGUCACUUCUGCUGCAACUGCUGUAAAAACACCCACAUCAGCCGUGACAGCUGGAACAUCACCAGCCACAAACACAGCAACAGCAGCAGCAGAUGGCGGAGGAGAUGCCAAAAAGGAGCGACAGUCGCUGCAAUUUAUGCAACAAUCGCGUAAAUUUGAGGGCAAGAUACCAAAACUAAGUCAAAGUCAAACGAGUGCAGCAGCAGCAACAGCAGCCACGGCAGCAACAGAAGCAUCCACAUCCAAGUCUAGUCAAGAGCAGCAGCAACAGAUUGUCUACGUCAACAUGUUGCCCGCGGCCAACACCCUGAAUGGCAUUCCACAGCAGCAGCAGCAGCAAUAUGCGAGCACGGAUGGCAAUGUCUAUCAGCUGCAAAAUGAAAUACUCUGUGAUGCGAACGGACAUGCCGUGACUGCCGCCACGGCUUCAUAUCAAACUACGGCCAGUAGUCCGCAGCAGCAGCAUCAGCAGCAGCAGCAACAGAAUGUUGCAACCAGUGUUGCCGACAAUGUGGUCACAACUAUUAGUUCGUCCUCCAUCCUGCACACGAACGCCAACACCAACGGAGUGGACACAAUCGCCGCCACACAGCAGCUGCAGCAGCAGCAGCAACAACAACAGCAACAACAACAGCAGCAACAACAACAACAUUACCACUAUAUCACCACCACCGGCGAGGAUGGACAAACCCCGACCACCAUAGUGUUCGAGAACUACAACGGCGGCAUGCCAGCGGUCAGUUCCGCCGCACCAACGCCCGUUCCCGUGUCGCAGGCCAACUCAGCCGCUACGACGACCACCACGGCGCUGGUUAACACGGACGGCACGAUCAUCGAGUUCGAUGGGAGCACGUACGAGGAGUACCACGUACUCAAAAGCGAGCCCGGCAGCAGUGAUUGCCUGAGCAACGGCAGCAGUGCCGUGGCCGCCGACAUAAUCAAGUACGAUCCCCAGCACGGAGUCGUUGGCGACGAGGAGGACGACGAGGAGAACGGCUUGUUGCAGGUGAAGUACGAGGAGCAGAGCCUCGAGCACGAUCCGGACAACGAGCACGAUGCGGACCAGGAGCACGAGUACGAGGAGUUCCAGGUGAUCAAGGCCGAGGUAGAGGCCGAGGCGGCGGAGCUGGCAGCCGGCACCACCAGCUACACGAUCAGUCAGGACCAGCCGGCACCGGGCACCCCGGUGCUGUCCUCCAUGGUACCCAAAUCGGGAUCGGCGGCGGCCGCCAAGCAGAAGCGCAAGCGCAAGACGCGCGUCAUCGCCGACGACGAGCAGGGCGAGUACCUGGAGAAGAUGAGUGUACGUGGCCUGGACAUUGCCCGCUACGAGCACAUCAUCGACGGCGUGGCCUACUGCCUUGUCUGCGCCAAGAACGACAUUUUUAAGACGUUCAAGAACAAGUACAGCUUCCAGCGACACGCCUACCUCUUUCACGAGGGCCAAAACCGCAAGAUAUUCGCCUGCCCCAUCUGCAACAAGGAGUUCUCGCGUCCGGACAAGAUGAAGAUGCACAAGAAGGACAAGCACGGCGACGUGCCCAUGCCGCCAUCGGCCACCACGACUCCGCUGAAGGCUGACGGUCCGCCGGCCAAGCGGGCGCGCAACUCGCGCACGCCGCGCGUUCGCAAGUCGAAGGGCGGCGAUGGCAGUACGCCAACCAAGAAGCGGCUGGCGCAGAUCGACAGUGUCCUGGACGACGUGCAGAAUGGAGAGUCCCUCACCAUGGCGCCGGUCAGCGUGAGUCACUCCCAGCAGCAGCAGCAACAGCAGCAACCGAUGCAGCACAGCAUCACAACGCUGGCACCCACGACGCCGUCGCAGCCGCAGCAUCAGCUGCAGACGCUGCCCUCGCUGGACUUCAGCGGCAUGAUUCUGCCUGGAGGCGCACAGCUGGCACUGGCCAAUCCGGGCGCCACCAGCUCCGUGGGACUGCAUCGAGGACCAGCCACGCCGAAUGGUCAGCCGGCGGCGCCCACCACCACGCUGAUCUACUCGAACCAACUGGAACUGCAGCAGGCGCUGCUGCAACAGCAGCUGCACGGCCAGAGCAUCAUGAUCCAGGAUCAAGCCGGCAACCUGGUGCCACUGCAGCUGGACGGAACCCAGGCGAUAUACACGACGGCGCCGCAGGCUCAGCGCCAACAGACCACGGCCACAUAUCAGACGACGCAGCAGCAGCAGCAACAACCAGCGCAGCAGCCUGCCAGUCAGGCGCAACAGCAACCCCACUACGAGUUGGACAACGUGACCUAUUUGAGCUCCACGGCGGCGGCCACUCCGACGUCAGCCGAGCAGCAGCAGCAGCAGCAACAGCAGCAGCAGCACGUGAUCGGCACGGUGCAGAGCUAUCAGAUCCUGACGCCCGACGGCCUGCAGAACUUCCAACCUAAGCUGGAGGCGGCCGAGCUAGGCGACCUGUGUCCCUACUCGCAAUACACCUUCACCACGCACGCCGGAGCGCAGCCCACGCUGAAUGCGAACGCACUGGACGCGCAGACCCACCAGCCGCAGCAGCACCACCAGCCGCAGCAGCACCACCACCAGCAGCAACACCACCAGCAGACGCAACUACUGCAGCAACAGCCAUUCGCCACGCACCACAAUCCGCACCAGCAGUUCAUGGAGCUGAAGAACGAGCUGCUGAUCAAGGGCGGUGACGCCUACACCCUGGACACCGCCUCCAUGUACCACCUGCCCUUCUCGCCCACCUCGAUGAUCAAUGCGGUGAACGAUGUGAACACCUCGUCGCUGCUGGAAACCAAAGAAAUUAGCAGCAGCAGCAGCGGCGGCAGCAGCACCAACGCCACUAGCAACACUGCCAGCAGCAACAGUGCGUCCGCCGUGGUGAGCAGCAGCGCGAGCAAUGGCCUCAAGCCGGCGGCCAAGAAGACACCUGUCAUUCUGCUGGCCGCUCGUGGUGCCGCCAAACAGCCGCAGCUCAGCAUUCUCAAUGGCAACACCAAGGCCGGAACGGGAAAUGGAAGCGGAAGCGCAGGCGGAGGCGGAGGCGGAGGCGUUACGUUGGUGCGCGUCAAUGCAUCCAAUCGAAAUCAGCGCCAGGUAAUCGUCGCCCCGGAAGUUGCUCCUGUGCAACAGCAAUCGGUGGUCGAGGAGGAGCUAUUGGCCGAGGACGACGAGCUGGAAGAGGAGCUGGAUGAGGAUGCAGUUGCCCUGGCCGGACUCUCCUCUUCGACUGCCCAGAUCCUGCGGAAGUUCCGCAUACCCAAGGGCACAGCCGUGACGGCCAAGUCGGGUGACAACUACCUGGCCAUGCCCACGCCAACACCGUCGCCGCCGGGUGUCGUCAAUUUGGUUAGCUCCGGCGUUGAGGCUUCCGGUUACAUCGAGAACGACGACGACAUCAUCGAGGAGCUCAACGAGGACGACCUGGUCGAGGAGAUUAUCGACGAGGAGCCCAGCCAGGAGCAGCCAGAGUUGCAAGAGGCGGCGACCGCCGAUGGCCUCGAUCUGAGCAGCACGAACAGUGCGACGGCCACAGCGGGCACCACCAUGCUGCUGGCCCCCCAACCGCCUCCGCUUCAGCUGCAGACGGUGGCCUCCAACGGCACCGUGACCUGCUUCAACCUGCCGGCCAACACCAUCCUGCUGCAGUCGGCCGACGGCAGUAUAAUCGCCGCCACCCAGGUGCCGCAUCCCAGCAAGGCGGGUCAGCAGCAGCUGAUUGCGCUGCCAGGCAACGUGGCCCUGGCCACCGAACCGGCGUCGCAGGCUCAGGCCACGUCGGCGCCCCAGGCCACGCAGACCCUGAUCCUGACCGCCGACGGCACGGCCAUUCCCAUCCUGGCCACAACUCCCCAGCAGCAGCAGCAACAGCAGCAGCAGCAACAACAGCAACAGGCUGCCGCUGCUGCUGCUGCUCAGUUGUUCGCCGCGUAGGGUCUAAUGGGUGGCCAAAUGGGUCGAUUUUUGAACAGUGCCACCAUAAUGCCGACCACUUACUUCUUUUAGAAAUCUCUCACCUGUUCAGCGCAGAUUCGGUUGCCCAUGGCGCAAAGCUGGAACUUAGCUCUGUGCCGUCGGCAACGUUUAAAUGUUUUUAGGGUUUUAGAAUACUACUUCAAAAAUCGUCACAUUUGGCCACCAAAAAGCGGGGAAACGCAGCAGGAGCGUUUGCUGUAAAACAGAAAAAAAAAACAGAAAGUCGAAAGAAUAUUAACUCAAACAUAAGCCAAGCUAACUCAUUGAUAUUACCACACUGUUGGAUGUGCAUACGAAAUUUAUUUUUUUACUCAAAAAACCAAAUGCCUACAAGAAUAUAAAUCAAAUGUUGUUCAACACACAGAAAAGCACACACUCGCGAAUGGAUUUGCGGCAGAAUCAAAUGUACUAGUAUUCGGUUCACGGCAAACUUGAGAGCAUCGUAAACUAAUAUAAUUUCUACGCCUAAGCUAAAUUUUAAACGUUUAAGUGCAAACACGAGACACACACCCCAAACCAGUUGUAACUAUUUCACCUGCCUACAGUGCGGGCAGAAUAUGUUUAGUGUAAUUUAGUUUUGCGAGAACGGUUCCGUUUCUCUAAAGGAUAGCUCACUUUUGUAACUACCGGGAGCGUUCUCGAAAGAUACUUAUAAAUAUAAUUUGUUCCUUGCAUAAUGAGAGAUGGACACAGGCAACUAUGCAACGUAUUUCAUGUAGUAUUUAUUGAAUAAGUUCUCAAUCUAUUUAUUUAUUUUUGUUAACUAUUCCCAUCCGUGUACCCCGCCACCCUUAACCUUGUCAUUACACUUUCUUUUGCCAUGUUGUAUAUUCUUUAUAUAUAUAUAUUAUAUAUUUUAUUUGCAAUCUUGUUAUGCCAUUCGUAUAGGAAAAUAGGAAUUCAAGCAUAGCACCGACCUAACAUUACUCUAAGUUGUAGGCCCGAUACUUUAGACUAAAGUAUUUUUUUAACCCAUUCUUGCGACACCGACGGCCCAAGAAUACAGAAACCACACACACAUUAAGCUAAGCGAAGCUAGGGUUAAGCCUAGGCUAACUAAGAUACUUUAACCGAUGGAAGACAAUGAUUUAAAAUAGCUUGUAGUAUGUACUCUAAGACAAAUAAGCAAAACUGAGUUGCACUUCUGUAAGAUAUACUGUAACUAAUAACGAAGCGGAAAAGCUACAAAUAAAGCAACUCGAGUAGCCUACAUUAUGUAUAAUACAAA